CAAUACACCCACAAAAUGGCGACCGGUGACGAUUUCAGAAAAUCUAUCGCUGAAGGAUCAGAGGAGAUUUUCGACACGUGUUGUUCACCGUGUUUGGAAUCUGGAAGGACAAAAGAAGCGGAUAAAUUCUGUGUUGACUGUGGAUCAUAUUUUUGCACUCAAUGCCUGUCACAUCAUAACAAAUUUCCGGCGUUAAGGUCGCACCAGAUUUUAGACAAGUCCGGACAAAGCAGGCGAAAUGACAGCGACGGAGCUUCAGCGGGCCUACCGAAAGAAAGAUGUGCAGUUCAUCACGGGAAAUUAGUCGACAUGUUCUGUAAAGAUCACGACGAAGUCUGUUGUCCAGCUUGUAUAGCUAUUAAACACAGGGCAUGUGUUAAUGUGGACUACUUGCCUGAUGUUGCUAAAGGAAUAAUGAAGAGUGCGGAGCUCAGCGACACAAAAAAAGCACUCGAGAAUGUUCUGACAAAAAUGAAACAGGAACAAGAAACAAAGAGAAGUAAACUGGUGAUAAUUCAUUAUGAAAAAGAGAUGUUAUUUGAAGCAGUUGAAAACUUCAAGACUGAACUUAUCAAGAAGAUAGAAGAGCUUGCAGAAACUUCGAAACAACAGAUAUCAUCUAAGUAUGAAGAUAUCAGAAAAGACGUACAAUCCGAUUUGCAUACGCUUGGUACUGCUAUUUCAACAACAACGACAAACCUGCAGAAACUGUCCAGCAUAAACGAGUCGCAACUGUUUGUGAAUGUUAAAACAAGCAAGGUAUCGAUCAAAGAUUGUGAAUCACUUUUGAGAGAGCUAACAACAGGAAAGGCAAUUGAAGGGUUGAAAUUUGUAUUGAAUAAAGAAAUGAAAGAAAACCUAACUAGCAUGGGUCUUUUAGUUUCUGGUGAAAAUGCCAAAGAAUACAAAGCCAUCUUACGUGGAAAGUACAAGAUAAAUCCGACGCAAUGUGCAAUUACAGGUAUAUGUACCAUGGAUGAUGGGAGAUAUGUGAUUGCCGAUCAUACACAUUCAGAAUUGACAAGGCUUAAUGGAAACUUCACGGUAGAAGAUCAUAUUAAGGUUGAUGGACAACCGUUUUCGGUAUGCAGGGUAGGACCAAAAGAAGUUGCCACAUUUCUUAAUGGUAUCAAUAAAAUACAGUUGUGUCGGUUGGACAACGUAUGGAAUUGAAAACAGGAUUUAAUGUCGGCAGUCCAGCAGUCGGGCUUUCCUACGAUACAGCGCAGGAUUCAUUGUAUGUCUGUCACAGUAAUUAAGUUUCCAUUUACACAAAGUCUGGAGUGCUGUUGAGAACAUACGAAAAGAACGAAAAUGGUGAUCAGUUGUUUUCGUCAGCUAGUCAAUUAGCGUUAAAUGCAUCCAAUCAUUUUAUGUUCGUCACCGAUCAAAACGGAAAAUCAACCGCCUUGACAAAAGACGGUAAGAUUAUUUGGAUAUUCAGUGAUUCUGAAUUGAGACAGCCUUGGGGAGUGUGUGUCCUACCGGGUGAUAUUAUCUUAGUGAGUGGGAUAAGUUCAAACAACGUAUUACAGAUUGACAAAGAUGGCAGAAAAAUUGGAGAAUUGCUUGGAGCUUCCGAGAAAUUUGAACAUCCGUAUGCUUUGGCGUUUGACAGAAAAAGCUCCAGAUUGCUAAUAGGGAGUAGAUCAAAUGAAAUACACGUGUACACGUUAUCUAAAAAAUUAGUACUUAAGUACGUACAGGAAAUUACUGUAGUACGUAGCAUGUGUUUGCUUCUGUUUUGUUGUAAUUUUAUGUAUCUAUUUCCAGGUAUAUAUAUGCAAUAAAAUAUGGUUAAAUCAAACAAAAACGGUUUAAGUGUUAGGUGAAGGUUCUCUAUCCUAAAUGUUAUAAGCGGUUUUGUGUACAUUGUAAGUUAUUUUGAUUUCUCAGCAUCAGAAUAUAUAUUUAGUCAUUUCAUUGCUUAAAAGAUAAUGAAUCUUCGGUUAUAUAUAUUUGCAUGGUUAUAUAGGCAAUAAAAUAUGGUUAAAGACGCUCGCGACAGUUUCAUCAGUUUUUUUCCUAAUAAUAGAUUUUGAUGAAAUGAAAUGUUCUGUAUUACAAGAUUAUGUUAUGAUGAAUUGAA